GAGCGUGUGCAGGGACUUUUGUCCCAAGCAUCCACCCAAGACUCUCACAGCUGAGCACAGCAAGGGGAAGGAGCUGCUGUCUCCUCUGGCCUGAGCCAUGUCAGCAGCCCUAGAUGAGUUCUGUGGCUCCGUCUUCUGGAAUGACUCCUACCUUGCUCGUCCGGAUGCUGACCUGCCAGUGUGCUUCCAGCAGACUGUGCUGGUCUGGGUCCCUCUUGGCUUCUUCUGGAUUUUGGCUCCAUGGCAGCUUCUGCCCAUGUGUAAAUCCAGAGCUGAGAAAUCAUCUGUGACCAAACUCUACAUUAUCAAGCAGGUGCUGGCCACCUUGCUGAUGCUGACAGCAGUGGCGGAGUUGGCCCUGACAUUUGUAGAGGACACAGAUCAGGACUCACUGCCAGCUGUACAGUACACAAACCCCAGUCUGUACAUCGCCACCUGGCUCAUGGUCCUGCUGAUCCACUAUGCACGACGCUUCUGCCUGCGCAGAGACUCGGGGAUACUUUUCUGCUUCUGGACAUUGUCCCUGCUCUGUGGGAUAUUGCCGUUCCAGUCACUCCUCCGGAGAGCCCUUCAGGAACCAAUCUCUGAUCUGCCACGUUUUGUCCUUUUCUACAUCUCCUAUGGGCUCCAGCUGCUGCUCUUCCUUGUCUCAGGCUUCUCAGACAUCGCCCCAGAAACAAAAGAAAUCACAGAGAAGAACCCAGAGAUGACAGCCUCAUUCCUGAGCUCCAUCACAUUUGAAUGGUACACCAGCUUGGUUUUCAAGGGCUAUCGCAAGCCCUUGGAGAUAGAGGAUAUAUGGGUUGAAAGCGAAGACAAGACUCAGGCUAUUUACACUGAAAUGGAGAAGAACAUGAAAACUGCAGUGAGGAAGGCUCAAGCAGAACUGGAGAAACAGAAAAGGAAGAAAAUACACCAGGAAGGUGACCUAGACCAUGGAACAACAUAAGCAAAGGCCCAGAGCCAAGACAUCCUGGUGAUGGAGGAGAAGCAACCAAAGAGGAAGAAGGGGAACAAAGAAGAGUCUGGCUCUAGCAAGGAUUUCCCCAGGGGUUGGUUGGUGAAAACCCUAUGCAAGACCUUCUGGAAGAACGUUCUGCUGUCGGUGGCUUUCAAAGUGGUUCAUGAUGCACUUGUGUUUGUCAGUCCCCAGCUGCUGAAGCUGCUGAUUGCCUUUGUGUCAGAUGAGGAGUCCUUUGCCUGGCAAGGCUAUCUGUAUGCCAUCCUGCUCUUCCUGACAGCACUGAUUCAGUCUCUCUGCCUGCAGCAGUACUUUAGCUUGUGCUUCCAGCUCGGCAUAGCCGUGCGUGCCAGUCUCGUUGCUGCCAUCUACAAGAAGGCACUCACCAUGUCUAGUGCCACCCACAAGGAGUCCACAGUGGGAGAGACUGUGAAUCUGAUGUCUGCUGAUGCGCAGAGGUUCAUGGAUGUGGCCAACUUCAUUCACCAGCUGUGGUCAUCCCCCCUGCAAAUUAUCCUGUCCACUGUCUUCCUCUGGGUAGAGCUCGGCCCCUCUGUCCUGGCUGGCAUUGCACUCUUGGUGCUACUCAUCCCAAUAAAUGCAUUUCUGGUUGCCAAGGCCAAAAACAUCCAGGUGAGGAACAUGAAGAACAAAGAUGAACGCAUGAAAAUAAUGAGUGAAAUCCUCAGCGGAAUCAAGAUCCUGAAACUUUUUGCCUGGGAGCCUUCAUUUGAGAAGCAGAUCACCGAGAUCCGGGAACGUGAGCUCAAGGACUUGUUGAACUUCAGUUACCUGCAGUCAGUCUCAGUCUUUGUGUUCACGUGCGCUCCCUUCCUGGUCUCCUUGGCCAGCUUUGCUGUCUAUGUGCUGGUGGAUGAGAACAACGUUCUGGAUGCACAGAAGGCCUUUACUGCCAUCUCCCUUUUCAAUGUGCUGCGCUUCCCUAUGGCUAUGCUGCCCUUGGUCCUCUCUUCUGUGGUGCAGACCAGAGUGUCAACUGUGAGGCUGGAGCGCUACCUGGGUGGAGAAGACCUGGACACCUCAGCUAUCCACCACAACCCUAUUGCAGGCAGUGCUGUGCGUUUCUCAGAUGCCACCUUCUCCUGGGAGCAGGACGGCAAUGCUGCGAUAAGAGAUGUCACACUGGACAUCCCGACUGGGAGCCUGGUGGCUGUGGUGGGGGCUGUGGGCUCAGGAAAAUCUUCACUGGUGUCAGCCAUGCUUGGGGAGAUGGAGAAUAUCAAGGGACACAUCAACAUCCAGGGCUCGCUGGCCUAUGUCCCGCAGGCCUGGAUCCAGAAUGCCACACUGAAAGACAACAUACUUUUUGGGUCAGAACUGGAUGAAGCCAGGUAUCAGCAGGUUAUCAAGGCCUGUGCCCUUCUUCCAGAUCUGGAACUGCUACCUGCAGGUGACCAGACAGAGAUUGGAGAGAAGGGGAUUAACCUGAGUGGGGGCCAGAAGCAGCGAGUCAGCCUAGCCCGAGCAGUGUACAGCAACGCAGACAUUUAUGUCCUGGAUGAUCCAUUGUCUGCUGUGGAUGCUCACGUUGGCAAGUACCUCUUCGAGCAUGUGCUGGGGCCAAAAGGGCUGCUGCAAAAGAAGACACGGAUCUUGGUGACCCACAGUAUCAGUUUCCUGCCCCAGGUCGAUAACAUCGUGGUGCUGGUUGCAGGAGCAGUGUCUGAGCAUGGCUCCUACAGCACCCUGCUUGCAAACAGGGGGGCCUUUGCCCAGUUCCUGAACUUGUAUGGCAACCAGAAGGAGGAUGCUUCAAAGGAAAAUACCACAGCUGUUGCUUUAGCUGAGGAUGAAGAGCAGGGUGAUGAAGAUGUUGAGCCUUCUGGGGAGGAGGGUCCUGAUGAUGUGGUGACCAUGACUCUAAAGCGAGAGGCCAGCAUCCAGCAGAGAGAGUUCAGUCGCAGACUCAGUAAAAGCAGAAACAAUUCCUGGAAGAAGGCCCAGGAUGAGCCCCCCAAGAAGGUGAAGGGCCAGCAACUGAUCGAGAAGGAGGCUAUGGAAACCGGCAAGGUGAAGUUGUCCAUGUACCUGAGGUACCUGCGUGCUGUUGGCUUGUGGUAUUCUUUCUGGAUUGCUAUGGGCUACGUUGGACAGUACGUGGCUGUUGUGGGGACCAACCUGUGGCUCAGUGCCUGGACUGAUGAUGCUCAGCACUACCUGAACCAGACCUACCCUGCAGAGCAGCGAGACCUGCGCAUUGGCGUCUUUGGGGUGCUGGGGAUGUCACAAGCUCUCUUCCUGCUCUUUGCAACCCUUCUCUCUUCUCGUGGUGCCAUGCGGGCCUCUCGGGUUAUGCAUCACCAACUGCUCAGCAACAUCAUGCGUGUGCCCAUGAGCUUUUUUUGACACAACCCAACUGGCCGCAUUGUGAACAGGUUUGCCAAGGACAUCUUCACGAUAGAUGAGACCAUUCCCAUGUCCUUCCGCAGCUGGCUCACCUGUUUCAUGGCCAUCAUCAGCACAUUGCUUAUGAUCUCCCUGGCAACCCCAUUCUUUGUUCUCAUUAUCAUUCCCUUGAGCAUUUUCUACUAUUUUGUGCUGCGCUUCUAUAUUUCCACAUCACGCCAGCUACGGCGUCUGGACUCAGUAAGUAGGUCUCCCAUCUACUCCCACUUUGGUGAGACAGUGUCAGGACUUUCUGUGAUCCGGGCCUUUGGACACCAAGAACGAUUCCUGCAGCAAAAUGAGAGGACCAUGGAUAUCAAUCAGAAAAGUGUUUACUCCUGGAUAGUCUCAAAUAGGUGGCUGGCCAUCCGUCUGGAGUUUGUUGGGAGCCUGGUGGUCUUCUUCUCUGCGCUUCUAGCUGUGAUUUCAAAGGGCACUUUGGAGGGCGGCAUCGUGGGCCUUUCUGUCUCCUCUGCCCUCAACAUAACCCAGACACUGAACUGGCUGGUGCGGACAUCUUCAGAGCUGGAGACAAACAUUGUGGCUGUGGAGAGGGUACAUGAGUACACAAAAGUGAAGAACGAGGCUCCAUGGGUGACAGAAAAACGUCCACCCCCUGGCUGGCCAAGCAAAGGUGAGAUCCAGUUUGUUGACUACAAAGUUCGUUACCGACCUGAACUGGAACUGAUUCUUCAGGGGAUCACCUGCAAUAUUGGGAGCACUGAGAAGGUUGGGGUUGUGGGCCGUACUGGGGCUGGAAAAUCCUCCCUUACCAACUGCCUCUUCCGGGUGCUGGAGGCUGCUGGAGGGAAGAUCAUCAUUGACGAGGUGGAUAUAGCAACAAUUGGCCUCCAUGACCUGCGCCAGAACCUCACCAUCAUCCCUCAGGACCCUGUGCUCUUCACUGGAACCCUGAGGAUGAACCUGGACCCCUUUAACCAGUACACAGACGAGGAGGUCUGGAAGGCCCUUGAGCUGGCCCACCUGAAGACAUAUGUGCAAGCCCUUCCUGAGGGGCUGCUGCAUCUUGUGAGCGAGGGAGGGGAGAAUAUGAGUGUUGGGCAGCGGCAGCUUGUGUGCCUGGCUCGGGCCCUUCUCCGCAAAGCCAAGAUCCUCAUCCUUGAUGAAGCAACAGCAGCUGUAGAUCUGGAAACUGAUCAUUUAAUCCAGACAACAAUCCGGAGUGAGUUUGCUUCCUGCACUGUCCUUACCAUUGCCCACCGCCUCCACACCAUCAUGGACAGCAACAGGGUGAUGGUGCUGCACGCCGGGAGGAUUGUGGAAUACGACAGCCCUGAGGAGCUGCUCAAGAAGCAGGGAAUCUUCUCUGUGAUGGCAAAGGAUGCUGGCAUUGUGAAUUCAGAGACCACCGCACUGUAGGGGAAGUGGAGCAGUGUGUGGCUCUGUGUGUGGGCAGCUGCUCCCUCCUGCUGGUGCUCACCACACAGGCACUGCCCAGGAGUUCAUCUCUGCAGCUGUGAAAACUGAGAGGGUUGCUUUUGUGGCUGUCAGGGAAAGGAUCUGGAGUUGAGAGAGCUGUUAACCUCGGUACCACACCCUGCCUGGUAGGCACAAGUGGGUCUGGAGUAGCGUAAUUUAUUCCAGUACAGAGAAAAUUUAUCUGUCAGGGAGACCAUGGCCUAGAACAUUCAGAUUUCUGUAUUUCACCACGGCAGGAAAACCUAGCUGAGAGAUGCUGAAGCACUGUGGAAUGAAAUUUAGUUUAAUCUAAGAUGAAAUGUUAUAAUUUAUUUACUUUUUGUAACUGUUUCUAAUCUUCCAACUAAAAGUUUGACUUCAAGGCAUAUUAAAUAAAUAUCAUCUCAUUGUUAA